AUGUUUGAUUUACAGACUUGCGCUCGACCAAAUAUCCUGGCCUUGCAGCCAUAUAGAUGUGCGCGAGACGACUACAAAGAUGAUGGCACCAACAUCCUAUUAGAUGCCAACGAGAACGCAUAUGGGCCCGGACUGGCACUUGAAGAGCUUGGAAAACAAAAGGAGAUUCAAUCAUCCGGCCUUGAACUCGAAGUCGAUCUGCAAGGGCUGAACCGAUACCCAGAUCCCCACCAGACCGAAUUAAAACAGCUCCUCUGCGAUCUAAGAAAUGCCGAAUCCCAAUCCCCCACGCCCCUCCGACCCGACCACCUCUUCAUCGGCGUCGGCUCCGACGAAGCCAUCGACAACCUCAUCCGCUGCUUCUGCGUCCCCGCCCGUGACAAGAUCCUCACCUGCCCGCCCACCUACGGCAUGUACAGCGUGAGCGCUUGUGUCAACGACGUUUCCAUCGUCAAAGUCCCACUCCAAGCCACCAACGACUUCGCCCCGGACGUCCCCGCCAUCUGCGCCGCCCUCGCCGCCGACCCGUCCAUCAAGCUCGUCUACCUCUGCUCCCCCGGCAACCCGACGGGGACCGUGAUCCCGAAAGCCGCGGUAGAUGCGAUCCUCGCGCACCCAUCGUGGAACGGCGUGCUGAUCGUCGACGAGGCGUACGUGGACUUUGCCGCGCCGGGCAGCUCGUUCGCGCCCGCGGUGCCGACGCACCCGAACCUCGUCGUCAUGCAGACGAUGUCCAAGGCGUUCGGCCUCGCGGGCCUCCGCAUCGGCGCGGCGUUCUGCGCGCCCGAGGUCGCGAAUCUGCUGAAUAGUCUCAAGGCACCGUAUAACAUCUCGGCGCCGACGAGCGCGUUGGCGCGGGCGGCGUUGACGGAGAAGCACCUCGCGAGGUCGACUGCGCUGAGGGACAUGAUCGUAAAGCAGAGGAACCGGAUGGUGGAGGAGUUGCCGAAAAUUGAGGGGGUGGGACGGUUCAGAGGGGGGUUGAACGCGAAUUUCGUAUUGGUGGAGAUGCUCGAUGGAAGAGGGGGGAAGCCGAGUAAUGAGGUGGCGUUGAAGGUGUACGAGCGGUUGGCGGAGGACCGAGGCGUGGUAGUGAGGUUUAGAGGGAAGGAGGCAGGAUGUGAGGGCUGUUUAAGGAUCACGGUGGGCACGGAAGCGGAGGUGAGUAGGUUUUUGAAGGAAUUACGGACCGUGUUGGGGCUUAUAUUGGGGCACGAUUCGACGAGGGCGGCGGACGAGGAGGCUAGAGAGCAAGACGCGAACGCGAUCGUAGCUUAA